AUGCUUCGAUCUGCUUUUCGUGGAAAGCAAGCAGCUGAUUCGACUAAAGAUGAGAAUCAAGGAAAGAGUUCUCAUGGAAGACCGCACUUCUUCUUUCACCGCGAUGUAGGUCACGAAGAUGCUAAAAAUUCGAAUGGUGAUCAUCGUGAAAAUUUAAACGCACUUGUCGCGGAGGCAGUUGAUUACAAUACAAAUGACGAGGUUCUAACCACAGAUUUCAACCACGAUUUUCACGAAUCCACCCACAGUAGCAGCUCCGAUAAGGAAAGCUUGAAUGAAGAAGAUGGCUCUACGAAACCUUGUACGUCACACGAGCUUCAUGUUGGCAAGGUGGACUGUGAUCAAAGGGUUACUCACAAUAGAGGGGGGGAAUUUUCAAGCUCAGAAAGAGAGAUAUAUGAAACCCAGCUUGCUCAACUGCAAGAACAGCUUCUUAACACCAUGAUCGAUUAUCAGGACAUGAGUGCACAAGUGGAAAAGCUGAAGGCCGUGGAUAUUCACAAACUUCAAAAGGAAAUCCAAGAAGAAAGAGCAAAAAAUAAUGAACUAAGAGAGAAGCUUAAACAAAAACAGAAAUCAUCCAGUUCAAAACUACAUAGGAAAAAUGCAAGUAGAAUCGAUCCAAGAUCAAGGAGUGGUUAUCAGGGAACUGUCGACUCAGAAGGAGACCGUGGUGAUGACUGGGUGCAUCUUGGAAGAGAGGAUGAGCCACAUUCCUCAUUGCAUGUCACAAAUGGCAGACAUGGAACUCAACCAGAAGAAAAUCAGGAAACAUAUGAAAUGCUUGGUGGUAGUCAAACAAGAGAUCAGUUAGAGGAACAGGCAGCUCUUGAAUCUGUUGACAGAGAAAGCCACAGAGUGCAGCAUGUCAAAACAAAACUGGAAAUCUGGAAAGCAAAAGCAGUUGACAUGUUGGCGGACAGACUGUGGGAUUUCGUUAAUGAUGAACCUGAAGACACUGAGGAGGAGGAUGGGGAGGGUGACCCCUUGGCCAUCAAGACGCUCAGGGAAAACAUCAACAGAUUCAGUGCUGGAAUUAAACCAAUAACAGGUUUUAUCAAGUCUGUUGGAAAGGUGUUAACAUGGUCAAAUCCAACAGCAUCUUUUUUGAUAUUUGUGGUGUACAUGUAUUCUGUUUGGUAUGGAUAUCUUCUUUCCUUGAUCCUUUUUACUAUGAUCUGGAAGCUCUUUAUGAAUUAUCUCCAUGCCAAAGGCAUUGCCAGAUUUCUGGGAUUCAUGGACAAAUCAAAAGAAGAAACAAGCCAACCAGAAGAUCACAGUUGGUCAGAUAAAUUUCAACUGGUUUUGCAAGUGGCAAGGAAAGUACAAAACACACUUGGAAAAAUGGCAAACUCCCUGGAAAAAGUGAAGAACUUAUUGACUUGGCAACAUCCUGUGGCAACAAGGAAGCUCUUUACAGUACUUAAUGUCGCAUUUGUGGCAUCUUUAGGGCUCAAAGGACCAACAUUGUUCAUGUUGAUUGGAUUAUCUUUUGGAAUAAAGCUGUUCAUUGUGAACCCUAUAUAUCAUCGUUUUCCAAAGGUUAAGAGGCGAUAUGAUGGUACUGCCAAGUUAUGGGAAGAACUACCAACUGAAGCAGACUUGGUUGUGUCGCAAAAUGUAGUGAAUGGCAAUCAAGAGAACUUAGGGCGUUCUACAUCGGCGACUUCUUUGUCAACGCCAAGUGGCAGUUCAUCAGAGCACCAUAUCAGUCCUUAUUCAAAUCCCUUGGCCGAGAAAUUUAAGCUACCAUCAAGUGAAACCGUUUUGCCAGGUUGGGAAGAAGGUAAAAGAUGUGCUUUGCUGGACAAAGACAAACCUUUUUCCAGUGUUAAACAUGGAAAAUUGUUUCUGACUCAAAGUUAUUUAUGCUUUGAGAAGACGAGAUCGUUAAGAGGAAAGCAGAUCGUUAUUAAACUGGAUACUAUUAUCAGCUUGAACAAGGCGAAGCCAAUAGCAAUUAUGCCAGGAACGGGGAUGGCCUUAGAAUUUAACGUUAGAGGAGUUNACGGGAGCUCUUUUGAUUUCUAG